GAGCUCUUUCAGGCUCAACAUAAGAUAGAACAGUCGAAUGUUGACCCGCACGUACGGAUUCACACACUAUUAGAUAAGCAAAGAGCCAAUAGGACUUUUUGAAGCAACACUCGCACACAGUCUGCAUAUUAAGGAGGACCUUGUUGACACGCUCAAACAUCAUUUUUACAGUGGACAGUCACUGAAUCUUUGUGGUGCGGUAGCUUCGUCGACUGUGUUAGUUAAAUGCCCGCUAGUAGCCCACAUGGCGAGAGCAAUGGGAACGUGGAAGAGUCCCAGGCAUUUUCGGAGGACGUGUUUGACGACACAUACGCGGAAAAAGUAGCUCCCAGACACCCUUGGACGCUGGUGUGGAGAAACAUCUGGCUCAUGGCGAUGCUGCACGCCGGCGCUCUCUAUGGAGUCUCCCUCAUCCCGGAUGCUUGUGCUCUCACGCUCGUUUGGAGCGUUGUGUGCUUCUAUUUCAGCGCUCUCGGUGUGACGGCAGGAGCGCACAGGUUGUGGAGUCACAGAUCCUACACAGCUACGCCGGCCCUUAAAAUCUUCCUCGCCCUUGCCAACUCAAUGGCUUUUCAGAAUGACAUUUACGAGUGGGUGAGAGACCACCGUGUCCAUCACAAGUAUUCAGAGACUGAUGCUGACCCGCAUAAUGCCAAGAGAGGCUUCUUCUUCGCGCAUGUGGGAUGGCUACUGGUUCGCAAACACCCAGACGUCAUCGAGAAGGGACGAAAACUGGAGCUAUCUGACAUAAAGGCCGAUAAAGUGGUCAUGUUCCAAAGACGGCACUACAAGCUCUCUGUGUUGAUCUUGUGCUUCCUCGUGCCCAUGAUGGUACCCUGGUACUUUUGGGGUGAGUCCCUCCUGGUAGGCUACUUUCUACCUGGGUUACUGAGGUACACCGUCGCUCUCAACGCCACCUGGCUGGUCAACAGCGCUGCGCACAUGUGGGGGAACAGGCCUUACGACCGCAACAUUAACCCCAGGGAAAACACAGUUGUCGCCUUCAGUGCCAUCGGUGAAGGCUUCCACAACUACCACCACACAUUCCCAUUUGAUUAUGCCACCAGCGAGUUCGGCUGGAGGCUCAACUUCACUACUGCCUUCAUCGACCUCAUGUGCUUCCUGCGUCUGGCCAGCGAGCGCAGGUCGGCAUCCCGGGAGAUGAUCAUGGCCCGCGUGCGGCGGACGGGCGAUGGCGCCACUAAAAGUGGCUGAGUCGCCAACAAUGCAGCCACCUGUUACGCUGGUGAUGAUUUUCGGACACGCGCGGCCCACAGGCACUAAGUUCUCACAAGUACAUAUCUUUUUCAGUUCCUUUUCCACUGCACGGUACUGACUCACUUUAGACACAUUUCAAGGAGGUACAGUUUCAAGUACCCGAUCAUUAAAAUAUAAGAUUAUCAGAGAGUAUUGUGGAUAAAAAACAUACUUACCAAACUACAAGCUGUUGUGUUGAAGUUGAAUAUCUCAUCUAAUCCAAUUGACUUACAUUUGUGGUGUAUUUUGCAUCUAUUCACACAAUGAAUGAAAUACAUUGCGUACAUUGUAGCUGGAGUCAACAAGUUUAUCUGCACAAGCCCGGAAUCCUCUCCCUCAUUGUGUAUGUUGAAGAUUUUACUUUUGAUUUGAAGAAAAAGUUUUACCCUUAGAUAAGAAAGUAAGAAUCUAGAAUGGCAGUCAGAAACGGCGAAUCACGUGCUGGGGUUUAUUACACAUUACAAUGGGGAGCUGCUCAUAUAAACAUAAGCACAAAUCAACCAAGUAGAUUGAUUGUUAUGGUUUUGGGAGUGACUAGUAAAUGAUAGGUAGAUAUUUGUUUAUAUUGAUAAAAAUGACACCAUGUGUAUCAUAAUAAACACAGUUUUGUACCUCCUCAUACAGUAUAU